AUGGGAGACAGAGGGAUAGGCUACUUCAUUACACAUGUAGAGAAAUGUGUAAAGAAAAAUACUGAAACUUCUGCAAGAAGAACUUGGGGGUGAAGGAAUAACGUUGCAGACUCGUAUUAUUACUAAAUGAAGAGGAUUUAUCACCACCACUUGAAGAAAUGUAUAACUAUGAAAUUAUAUAAAAGAAGCUUGGAUGAAGUCGAGUAACUGUCGCGCGCCGCUGGAAAGGAUCUCUGAAAUCGGCUCUAGACUAGAGUAUCUGACGGCGAGUCUUUACUAUUUACAUCUAUAGCUGUACGGGAUUCUAAUUCGUUUCAAAAGGCUAUAUUAAAAACUAUGAUUAAAAAUAUAUUUUGUUGGCUGUAGUCGCCAGUAUAAACUAUAGAUAAUCUUAAAAUCACAUUUUAUUUUUAUCUUUAUUUGAAAUGUAACAUAAUUAUGUGAAAUUACAUUAAUUAGAUUAAUUGUAUUUUUUCUGGUUGUAAGUUAUUUUGUGGUUAAACACAGCUUUUGAAUUGACACUAAGAUUUAAAUUACAGUAUACUUCAAUGAUAGACGAAAUCAAAUAUUUUUCUAGGGCAGCAACUCUGGAUAAUAAACGUCUCAAUUCCGGAUAGAUGCUACCCAGAUGCACUCAUUAAUUUUCGAUCAAGAGAGAGGGAUAAAAAAAAACAACUAAAGUGUUAAUAAUCAACUUUUUUUCAAAUCGAGCUGGUCCAUCACUUUCAACUCAGCUGUAAAGGGUGGGAUAUUCGUCGAUCUCACUCUAAACAGGACUUUUAAUACGCCUCUUUACUGAUCUCUGCUGGACAUUUGUGGAAUAACAUCUUGACAAACAGAGACGAUGAACAAGCAGAUAUAUAUCCACUAUAACUACACAGGGAAGCUGGAAAACCGUCAGAAUGGAAAGAUCACAGGUGGUGGCGUCACUUUGGAUGCUAAAACCAUCGUGUUCCUCAUCAUCUGUUGCUUCAUAAUCCUGGAGAACCUGAUUGUUCUCGUGGCAAUAUGGAAAAAUCAUAAGUUCCACAACCGCAUGUACUUCUUCAUAGCCAACCUGGCGUUGUGUGACCUUCUGGCUGGGGUGGCUUAUAUCGUCAACCUCCUCAUGUCAGGGGAGAAGACCCUUCACCUGUCCCCAGUGUUGUGGUUUGUAAGGGAAGGGAGCAUGUUUGUAGCUCUGGGGGCUUCCACAUUCAGUCUCCUGGCUAUAGCUAUAGAGAGACAUCUGACCAUGAUUAAAAUGAGGCCCUACGACGCCAAUAAGAAUUACAGGGUAUUCUUGCUCAUAGGGACCUGCUGGCUCAUAGCGAUAUCCCUGGGAGCAUUGCCCAUCCUGGGGUGGAACUGCUUGAACAACCUCCCUGACUGCUCCACAGUCCUACCGCUCUAUACCAAGAAGUACGUGGCCUUCUGCAUCAUCAUCUUCAUGGCCUUGCUGCUGGCCAUGUCCGUCCUGUACAUACGCAUCUACAUGUUGGUGAGGACCAGCAGUCGGAAGGUGACGAAACAUUCCAACUCAGAGCACUCCAUGACCCUCCUCCGUACUGUCAUCAUCGUGGUCGGCGUCUUCAUUGCAUGCUGGAUGCCCAUCUUCGUCCUCCUCCUCAUCGAUGUGGCCUGCGAGCACCGCUGCUGCCCCAUUCUCUACAAGGCCGACUACUUCAUAGCCCUGGCCGUGCUCAACUCUGCCAUGAACCCUGUUAUCUACACCUUGGCCAGCAGGGAGAUGAGGAGAGCCUUCUUUAGCUUGGUCUGUGGCUGUCUGAUGAAGGGGAAUGUCUCCAGCAGCGGUGAGCCAAAUAAGCCCAACAACCUGGAGCACAGCAGGAGCACAGCAGGAGCACAGCAGGAGCACAGCCCAUAAUAAUCCUAACAACCACAGCGGGAGCACAGCAGGAGCACAGCAGGAGCACAGCCCAUAAUAAUCCUAACAACCACAGCAGGAGCACAGCAGGAGCACAGCAGGAGCACAGCCCAUAAUAAUCCUAACAACCACAGCGGGAGCACAGCAGGAGCACAGCAGGCGCACAGCCCAUAAUAAUCCUAACAACCACAGCGGGAGCACAGCAGGAGCACAGCAGGAGCACAGCAGGAGCACAGCCCAUAAUAAUCCUAACAACCACAGCGGGAGCACAGCAGGAGCACAGCAGGAGCACAGCAGGAGCACAGCCCAUAAUAAUCCUAACAACCACAGCAGGAGCACAGCAGGAGCACAGCAGGAGCACAGCCCAUAAUAAUCCUAACAACCACAGCAGGAGCACAGCCCAUAAUAAUCCUAACAACCACAGCGGGGCAGAUGAGCAGCAGAAGGACAUGGACAGUAGUCUGAAUAUUAUAGUGGCACAGACCUUGAUAAAGAGUCCAACAUCAUUGUGUGCCAAUGUGGCCAAUGGGUUGAGGUUUUCUGCUGGGCCCUGAACCUCCAUAUCUGAAUCCUUCUGAGUGAACACAAGAGACUAUGAAGUGUGGCAACGCGAGACAUUGUAGCCCUAUGCUGUGCAUAGGAUGGAG